AUGGAGGCCUUUGCCAAGGCCAAGAAUGCAAAUGUGGUUGCAUUCCUUGAUUCGCUCAGCACACCCCAGAGACAGGCCCUCUGGCAAAGGUUCAGUGCAGCCAGAAAUGCACUGAAGGAUGAGAAUGCAGACCAACUGUGGUCUGACCUGGCCAAGGGGAAAGGGUCUGACCUUCACAAGAAAGCAUUGCUGCAAUGCUUUCUGAAGCUGGGUGGGGACCUCAAGAGCAAGAAGGAGGUCUACAUGAAGGAGCUGGUUUCCUACUGUAAGGUGCAUGGCCACACCAGCUCUGAGGAAUGGGUCCCCUUUGCCACAGUGUUGAAGCACUAUGGACUGGCUGAAGCAAUGCGCAGAGCACUUGGCCUCAAUCAGCUGUCCUUUGGGGUGCACAGGGGGACCAUCCUCUGCAGAAAAGACCCUGAAGAUGAAUGUGAAUGGCAGUUCUGCCUCAAAAAGAAGCUUGAAUGGACCAAGGAGGAAACAAGACAUGAACAGAAAGGUGACUCAAGUGCCAAGCUGGAGUGUGCCCAGUGGCUGGAGUUGAAAGCCAAAAGCCUGAUGCCUGGUGAAAUGGGGGAUGCUAACCAGGCAAAGCUGGCUUUGGCAGAGGUGACUGGCAAGGGCUUGCCAGCCCUCAUGGACAAGGAGAGGGGGUCAGCUGCAGGGAGUGAACAGGACCAGGACAAUGCUGUUGUGGAGGCAGACCUCCUCUCUGACAUGGGUGGUAAGCUGGUCAAGGAAGAUGCCAAAACCAGGCUGAACAGGAUGGUGAAACUCCUUCAGACAGUGAAGGGGGAAGUUGGUGCAGAGAAGGGGAAGCCAUUGGACAAGGCCCUCACUGACCUGAAGAAGCUCUUGAAGCAAGGGGGCAAGAUGACCAUGGACCAGGCCAAGCAGCAUCUCUUUGAUGCAGCCUUGGAGAUCAAGAAGGUGAAGAAAGCUAAGUAA